AUGGUUGCGGACGGCACAUAUGAGGUGUCCCUCUUCACGAAUGCAGUGGUGCAGUUCAAUGGCAGUAUUUUCUGGCUCCCUCCUGCCAUUUACAAGAGCGCCUGCAAGAUUGAGGUCAAACACUUCCCAUUUGACCAGCAAAACUGCACCCUCAAGUUUCGCUCUUGGACUUACGACCAUACAGAGAUUGACCUUGUGCUGAAGAAUGGGGUGGCCAGCAUGGAUGACUUCACCCCAAGUGGGGAGUGGGACAUCGUAGCACUUCCUGGACGGAGAAUCGUCAAUCCUCUGGAUCCUACCUAUGUAGACGUCACAUAUGACUUCAUUAUUAAGAGGAAGCCCUUGUUUUACACCAUCAACCUUAUCAUCCCUUGUGUGCUCAUCACCUCUUUGGCCAUCCUUGUCUUCUACCUCCCCUCAGACUGUGGUGAGAAGAUGACCCUGUGCAUCUCAGUCCUUCUGGCCCUCACUGUCUUCCUGCUUCUGAUCUCUAAGAUUGUACCGCCCACUUCCUUGGAUGUCCCCUUGAUCGGAAAAUACUUGAUGUUCGCAAUGGUCUUGGUGACCUUCUCCAUCAUCACCAGUGUUUGUGUCCUCAAUGUCCAUCACCGCUCCCCCAGCACCCACACUAUGCCAUCCUGGGUCAAAGUAGUCUUCAUGGUGAAGCUGCCUGCCCUGCUAUUCAUGAAGCGCCCCGAGAACAGCUCAGCCAGACAGAGGCUUCGUCAGCAACAGAUGAGGCUUCGCAAGGUUUCACUGGCCACCCCCCCUCACAUUGCCUUCACUUCCAUCUGUUCUUCCUCUCCUGGACACUUCUACAAAAAUGCCACUUACUUUGUCAACCCUGCCAGGAAAGCAGAUAUGCCAGAUAGCUUUUCGGGCCAGCAGGACUUCCGUCAAUGUGGUUCAGCACGCUAUGGUCCUGAAGUCCUGGAGGCUGUCGAAGGGGUCCGGUUUGUUGCAGAUCAUAUGAGGGGAGACGAUGAUGAUCAAAGUGUGAUUGAAGACUGGAAAUAUGUGGCAAUGGUGGUGGAUCGGAUGUUUCUGUGGAUCUUUGUCUUUGUCUGUGUGGUGGGAACUCUUGGACUUUUCCUCCAACCUCUCUUUCAGAAUCACACUGUGACGAUCAGCCACCCUUAAAAAAAAAAACCCCAAAACCUGACAGCCCUCUUUAUUUACACAGCGCUUUCAAUAACAA